AUGCUAUCCCUUCCGCUCCAGACUCUGUCAACAGCACAGGACACCGACGCCAGCGAGCAGAGGUUCAACUGGCAGAAAGAGACCAAUGACCUCACAUUGAUCAUCGACAGCUAUGGUGCGCGCGGUGGUCUUCAGCUCAUGAAAAUGUGUCAAGGCUCGCAGGUUCGGCAAACCAUCGAAAUCGAGAGACUGAUCGACGAAGGCAAUCACAUUACGCGUCUGAGUGAAGAGCGCGGAAUGCAGGUGCAGCCCGACCACCUACACAUAUCCGCCAUUGUGCGCUGCCCUCUGCUCGCUAUCAAAUGGCAAGUGGCCAACAACAAGAUCAGGCGUAUCCAAAUGAGGUUCAAAUCAGACAAAGACUUCGACACCGCGUUCAGCCACCUCCUUCAUCUCGGUCUCUACAUGGGCGGCCAGAAGGCAGUCCCACCUCAGCCAAGGUCUACGGCUCAGCCACCAUCGCCGGCGCGAGGAGGAUCAUCCUCUCGGCCAAGUCUGACUGCUGUUAGCUACCCUCAGCUGCCUCAUAUGAGCCCUGUCGUAGGUGGACCAUCAUGUCCUCCUUCACGACUGGCGGAGAUCUCUAGUCGACCGUCCACUAGCUAUGACUUCUCUGCUUCCUUGAAUCAUCAACUGCCCACAGCGUCAUACACCCGUCCAGUUUCUGCCACCACAGGCUACACUAGAGAAGACGGUGGUAUGCCGGCAUCAUUCUCAGGUCCUCUUGCUCCUCCAGUAUUGUUUACUCGUCCUACCUCAGCAACCUCGGACAUCUUAGGACGCUCGCAUGUUGACUCUUCACAUACGUCAGAUCAGCACAUGUCAGACCUUCAAGAAUCUCAUCGUAUGUCUACGGAGCGACCGGAUACUGCUAUGCUCUUCAACCGCCCUGGUAGUGCAAACCGUCCCAGUACUGCCGAUCGCCCUGGUAGCACUGAGAUACUACCACCAAGACGCGAGCUUCCUUUCCCACGCUUAUCUUCGCCGCGUUCCUCUGGCAGCGAUAGUGUGCGACCCUCUACUGGCACGAUGGGUCCUCCUCCUCUACCAGCCCGUGUAGCCAGUAACCGACCUGGUUCCAGUCGAAGCGCAGCGAGCAAGGAGAUUGAACUUCCUCCACUUCCCCAACCCACUGUCAUCAGCAAAACGGCACGUGGAAAGCAACCGAUGCAGCAGCCUCCUCGCACACCGAACCAAGAUCAGUACAUCCCUGCACGCGCAAAGACAUCUCCACAUGGCGGCAUCGAGAAUCAGUCGCCGUUGACAUCGUCUCCAAUCUCCUCUCCGUUAUCUUUCAAUCGGUCAAGUUUCAGUGCCAUCCCGACACCGCAACCUCUUGGUGAACGAAGUAAUGCUGCACAGAAUCUUCACCAUAACGUGUCGUAUAGUGGUCUCGACACCCCACCUACGUCUGUUGCUGGUCAUCGUGGUGUGAGCAUGUCCAAUCCAGGUGCUACUAGUAGUGUGAAUGAAAACGACCAGCUGGCGACAUAUGCGAUGCAGUCUGACGAGGGACGCAGAGCAGCGCUCAACGAGUUCGUCUACCGCCACCUGGAAAGCGACGACUUCCUCACGCUGGUCCAAGACAUGGAGGCUACUUGGGCGAGAGUUGCAAUGUAA